UGGAGUCGGUGGGUGGGGAUGAGGAGGAGAGGGAGGAGGGGGAUGCCGAGGGCUCGGUUUUGGCUUUCUUGGGCGCUGGCGCUGGCGCUGGCGCUCCUGGGCUGGGGGAUGGAGAGCGGGAUUGAAUGCUGCGCUUGCGGGUGGUCUGGGUUUUUGGUUAGUGAGGUUUCUCGUCGUUUCUGGUUUCUCGUGUCUGGGGGAUUUGUGCUGAGGUGCUUGGUUGGUUGUCAUCGUGACGAGGGCUCGGGUCUCAUGGUCAUGGUCAUGUCACGGCCAUAGUCAUGUCACGGCCAUGGUCAUGGUGGUAAUGAACGUUGCAGAACACUUACGCCAACACUCGCCUCACUCUUGUCCACGCUUCUCCGGUUGAUGGGCGUAAACCCAGACGAGGGGGACGAACCCUCCUGGUCCGGGGGAGGUGACUCUGUCUCGGUCUUCAUCGUGGUGUCUGUGUCUUGUUUGCGUGGCGAACUCGCUGAUUGCCUUGGUGUGGUGGUUGGGUUCUUAGGCGAAGAGAUGUUGAUGGGAUGAAAAGAGAGUGGUUGUGUGGGAGGUGAGGGUGUGGUUGUGGGAGUGUGUGGGAAUGAAUUCAGGGUUUGAACUCGGCGAGCAGGCAAUAAGGGCUUUCUGUCACGGUUCAACUGAGAAUUCACUCUGGGG